AUCUUCUGUCUUCCUCCACCUCCUCGGUGCUGCUGCUCCGGCAAAGGAGAGGAAUUCUCUGUCCCUCGAGGAAGAGAGCGAGCGAGAGGCUGGAUGGAUUCCGGGUCACCUGGGAGUAAAGCUUAAGUCGUGGGAGGGACGGCGGCUGUUAGCGAAGGAAAGUGUUACUCGGGGCCGGAGGGGAAGAGAAGCUGAUGGGAAGCGAAGACGCGGAUCUGGGUGGGAAGGUCCGGCCCUGCGUUCUGUAGCCUUCGCGAGGAAUUUGUCUACUGUACGCUGGGGAUUGGGAGGCAUUCCGCUGAUUUUCUCUUCCGCCUAAGGACAGGACUUUGUAGUGCCCUCGUAUCACAGCCUUAAUCUUGCAGUGGCAAGACUUCGUCCUAGAAUACAUUAAGCCUGUGAACACCCCCGGACUUCAUAUGGAGCUAUGGGCAGGAAACGACUCAUCACAGAUUCUUUCCAAGUGGUGAAAAAGAAACGAGGGAGUAAGAAAGCAAAAGAGACUCACAGCCCACCCCAGGACUUAGUUCAAGCAGAAUCUCACCUGCAAGAUGCUGCACAGCCAGAUCAGCUGGAAAUAUUGAAGCAGUUUGAUUUCAGCUGGCAAUACGGUCCUUGCACUGGGAUAACCCGUUUGCAACGCUGGGAACGAGCCAAAUUCUUAGGACUCAGUCCCCCUGCAACUGUGCGGGAUUUGCUCCUAAAGUAUAAUAAGGACCCUCUUGUUAUAUAUAGCUUGUGGCAUGAAUAUGCCCUCUGAAAAGAACCACCGUUGCUACCUGAGGCUGUGAAAGAGCCCUGCCAUUAUGUCACCAUAAUCAUUUGGGUAACUUCAUCAUUCCUCUGGAGAAUGCUAUUCUGCAGUGGUGACAAGGUUCCUGUAGGGGUGAGGAGGCCUUCUAGUUGAUCUGCACUUGUGACUUUGGCAUCUUCUUUUAGAAAUCACUAAAAAGAACUUGACCAGAUCAAGGCUGAUAUGUACCAAUACAGUAAUCACAAUAGGAUGAAGCCAAACUCAAUAUGGAAUUGCAUUCUGCUUUGUAUUUUUAAUGCUUCAUUCACCUUUGAACCUGGUUUGAUUUGGGUAAGUGGUUGUGUACUUUGAGGUGCUGAAAAGUGGAAUUAUUACAACAUCAGUGUUUCUUGUCUAUACAUUAUAAGCCACUUUUCUAAAAGAAUUUCAUACUGUCUUUAGUAAAAUUGUAUCGUAAGUAAAAGCUGUGUAUUGGUUCCCUAGUUUUAGGGUGUAGAGGACAUCUUCAGUAAACAUGUAAUAUAUUGUAGUUAAAUCUAAAGCUACUAAGAAAGUAACUAAAGCUACAGAUAACUCUGAAGGCUCAGCUGGUGUCAGCAUUGCCAAAAUAAAACUAAGAUCUAGUUAUUUGCUCAGACUUUUUAGCUUUAUUAAUUAUAAAUUAUUUUGCUUUUCUCUUGGUUUACUGUUGCUUUUUAUUAUAUUGAUUGGUUUUAUUGAUUGUACCUAUCCUGAUAUUUAUAGAUACUGUAUAGCAAAGCUUUAAACAUUUAAUAAAGAAAAUGCACUUUCCUAUACAA